AUGUCUCAGGAUCACAAUCUUCUCCAAGAGUUAGAAGUGGUUUCUCCAAAGAUUGUCAAAGCUACUCCAAAGAUCAAAGUAUCGAAGACUGUGCUAAAAAAGAAAUCAAAAGAAACCAAGAAACCACCUACGCCACCACAUGAACCAACACCACCACAAUCACCUAUACAAUCACCACCCCGACAACCUACUCCACCACAACAAUCCUCACCACCUAAACAACCAACACCUCCAAGACAACCAUCACCUAUUCAUCAAACACCACCACAACAACCUUUUGUUACCUCACAAGAAAUAUUUCAAACACCUCCACUCACCCAAAUGCAACCUGGUUUGUCUAGCAGAGGUCUUUAUACUCCACAGGAUAAUCUUUUAGAUGUUGGAGAUUUUGAUUUUUCCAACACUUCACAAGUCAGAAAUGUUGAAAAGAAAGUUGAAGAAGUUGUUGCUGAGAACAAGAGGCUAGCAGCAGAAAACAAGAAAGUGUCUGAUAGAGAGAAAGUUUUAGAAAUACGUGUGAAGAAGCUGGAGAUUGAAAACAAAGAGUUGAUGAAAACGAUUGACUCUGAUCAAUCAGAAAUUGAUAUCUUGAAGGUUAAAGUUGCUGAUCUUGAAGAAGAAAAGGCUAGACGUGAUGAACAGAAUGAAUACUUUAAGUUGAAGAAAAAAGAAUUUGAAGCAGCUAAAGCAUUAAGAGAUCACGAGUUCUAUAUGCUGAACAAAGUUGUUGAAAGCAUGCUUGGAACAUCGGUAGAUAAAAAGUUUGAAGAGUUGCAGGUUGAAGAGCUCAGAGCUGAACGUCAAGCCAAAAUAGACGAGCAAAUGAAAGACAAAGGCAAAGGAGUUGAAGGAAGUUCAGCUGUGACUGAAAGAUCGAUUGUUCCUUCAAUGGUUGUUGAUAAUCCUGAGCCUAUCACUGCAAUAUCUGGUUUGUUUGAGGAUGAAGCACAUCUUGAAGAGUUGUUGGGUAACAGUGAUGAUGAAGAUGAUGAAGAGGAGGAUGAAGAGGAAGAUGGUGAAGAUGAAAACGUAUUCUCUGCGAGCAGUCAUGGAUCUGGUAAAGAUGAUGAUGAUGAUGAUGUGCUCAGGGUGGCACAGGUUUGA